UUACUGUGAUUCUUUGUCACCCAUUCUUUGUGUGUUUUUUUUUUGUUCUCAAGCCUACACAUUUGUUACAUGUGUACUUUGGUUGCACUCUUUAAAUAAAUAAUAGUCAUCGAACACAUCUCUGAGUCACCAUCUGGCCUGGCUUCCUCACACACGGGAAAGCAGUCCCACUGAUGUCAACUACACGGGGUCAAGAGCACUGAAACGAAUGGCGGCACCAAAAGCAGUUACUUCCAGGGUGCGGGCGUCCAAGAGAGCUGACAAAUCAUCUCCAGCGUCCUCUCACAACUUUAUGGAAAGGCUGCCAUCUGAGGUCCUGAUUAAGAUUCUGUCAUACCUGGAUGCUUCCGCUCUUUUCACCAUCAGCCACGUUAAUAAGCUCUUCUAUCAGUUUGCCAGUGAUAAUGCUCUUUGGAACAAGAUAUACAUAGCAAAGUUCAGCAAGAAUAAAAAGCCGAAACACGCAUCGUGCUUGGACGAGCCGCUGCGAAAGAUGGGCACAGUGGAGAUGCGGGAUCGGCCUGCUGGCUACUGGAAGUGGAGGUGCUUCAGGGCCGCACGAGGCACGAACAAGUGGCAAAAACAUCUUGGACUCAUCAGCUGUCACACUGGGCUGCCCAGCCAAACGGAGCAGGUCCUCAGGAACUUGCACGUCACCUGGGAGCUGGAGGUCUCUGUUAAGUCAGGGCAUGAGAGCACACAUGAGCUGAGCUGCUCCCAGUUCUGCGAGACGGCCGUGACUCUUUGGUGGAGCGUAGGAGACUGCUUGCCCAGCUACCAGCAGAUUUCCACCCUUCAACUCCACGGUGUCAGGAGGAUAGCCCUCAACUGCCCAGGCCUAAAGAAACCUGGCUGGAGGUCCCUCAUGACAAAGUUAGACAUGCAGACUCUGACUAAAAGCACGCAGGUCAUUGGCCAGGACAGACUGGUUGAACUGAAGCUGCUACAGCCUGGCAUCAUCAUCGGCGUCUGGAGGGACCAGUGCUCCGUUGCCUUUAUCAUGUUCACCCUCCACUUCCACAGGCUGGUGGAAAGAAGCGUCGAGGGAUCUUCUGUUUGCCCCUAUGUGGAGCCAACGGUAAAACCCCCUUUUGAUGACAUAGACCCUGAAUAUGGUCUCCAUGGUUACCUACUACACAUUGUUCUCCAUGACACUGUAUGCAAGAUCAUGUCCGGAAGCUUCUCCCAGCUCUUCUGCCGGAGAACUCAGAUAUGUGACGGCCUCAUCCAGCUGACUGCCAUUAACAGGACAGACUUGUCGAAGCACACACUUCUGUCAGGCAACAUCACCCUGCCCUGGAGGUGUGAGGCUCUGCAGGGCGCAGUGCAGAAUUGCUGCAUUAUGAGUCUGACUCUGCUGGACGAAUUCAAGAAACCCUUCUGGUGUGUCAGCUCACCUGUUUCCAUGACGCUGGAGAAGGCACCCGUCUCCUAUGACUAUGAUGGUGAGCACUUCCUGAUCCACUAUCAGGACUCAGACGGUCAGGUGAAAAUGGAACUUGUGUGGAUGAAGGAACAAAAACAGUUUUUCCUUGUAAGUCUAGUCGUCUGUGUGCCUGUUUGCAAAGUCAACAAGCAUUUCGGUAGAGAUUACUGAACCUGCAGUGUUUACGCAACAAGUUUUAAGGUUUUUAAUCUUUACAGUGGGAUACUAUAUUCAUUGAAUUAAACAUUAAACAACAAAUAUUAAGUUGGUUUACUGUAUAUUAUAUUC